CGCGCGCAGUGAGGGGAGCGCGGGAUGAGGGCGGGCAGCGCGAGAGCCAACCAACCGUUAAAGCGCCUCGCGGAGAACGGCGGCGGCGACGACGACUCGCGCGGGAGAGACGCUGCCGAUAGACUCGGUUCAGACUCGAAGUGACUCGAAGACGCUGAAGAGGGGCUCUUCGGAGCCGGUUAUCGUUCCCCCUCUCUCACACCCACCCACGGGCCAGAGGGUGAGGAGAAGACAUGAGCGGCUCAGCCAAGAGGCGAGCGGCGGCUCCGAAGGUGGCGAGGAGCCCCAGCCUGAGGCGGGAGGAGCGGAAGCCAGAGGAGGGCAGCCAGGCGGCCUGGCUCAGUUGUCACAGGCUGCAGGAGUCGUUGCUCAGCUCAGCAAGUGGAUACAGUAAUUACAGAGGAAUCCUCAACUGGUGCGUGGUAAUGCUGGUCUUGAGCAAUGCCCGUCUUUUUCUAGAGAAUCUCAUUAAGUAA